AUGGUCAAAGAAGGGACUGAGCUAACUGAGCCACUUAUCCAUAAGUCUGGUUCAGCAGCUGAAAAAGACUCAUUUAAAGAAGACUACCAAUACAUUUUCGUCUUCCCCAAUCACUUUUCUGAAGACGAAGCUGUAAUCGCCCCACUCAACGAAAAAAUAAGCAUUUCUCUCUGCAAAGAAAUUUUUGCCAACACUUUUAAGCUGAGUGAAGAAGAAGGACAUUCUGAAAGCUUAGAAAUGAAGCUUAAACAAGAAACAAGCCAGCACAUCCCACAGCGUCACGCCUGGAUCAGCGAGAUGUGGAGAGGAUUUUCUAAAGAAAACCAAGGAGAAGUGGAAUUCAGAAGAUUCCUAAACUUGAUCAUAACUUGCGUCCUCAGAGUGAUGCAGGAAGAUCUUAAAUUAGAUUUAAAGCUGUUCUUUUCAAGGGAUAAAGAUGAAAUAUUCUGCAAGAUCCGCGCCAGUGAGCACAAUUUUAAGGUCCAAGCUGAUUUGAUGGAUUAUCAUUUACAGUUGAAAAGACCUGAAAGCAUUCCUAGGUCUGGUUAUAGUCUGAUUUGCCCUUAUGGGAGAUUUGAAAAAAAUAAAGACGAAGAAAAAUCAGGCCCAGUUCUCCAGAAAAAGGUUAUCAAAGAUGUAGAAAGCAACUAUAAGAAGUAUGGAACUGAUGAAAGACAAGCAAAAACAGGAAAUGGGAUCACCAUGUUUAAAUAUAAAGACAAAGUAAGAAUUCUACUGGCAAUGAUCAGUUCAGUUAUUGACAUUGGUGAGCUUUUAGAUAAUGACAUCUUGAUCAACCAUUUUUGCAUACAUAAUGAAGAGCAGCUGGCUUUCCUCAGAAGCAACUGGGGAUCAUUUUCUAUGUUCUGGAAACCUCAGCCACUCCAAAAAGUCAAAAAUUACUUCGGUGAAAAAAUCGCUAUGUACUUUGCAUGGCUUGGGUAUUAUGUAGCAUGGCUUAUUGCUCCAGCCAUAAUAGGGCUUGUAACGUUUAUUAUCCAACUUAUUAUGGAUAAUCUUGAUGAUAAGGAUCAAAAAAUGAACCUUGCUGAAAUUUCUCUUCUUAUAUUUUCACUGUCAUUAGCAUUAGGCUCUACACUGUUGGAUCAGCUUUGGAUAAGACGUCAAAAUCAGCUUUCUUGGAUGUGGGGAACUACAGAUAUCCAAGAAGUGGAACAACAACGUCCAAUUAAGAUAUGGCGUCUUCGUCUGGGCAUGGCCUCCCGGCCAUGUAGCCUCCCGGCCAUGUAGCCUCCCGCCAUGUAGCCUCGACUCAUAUUUUAAUUAUAUCCGGCAAGGUUUUGCCAUUUUUGAGAUGGACAGCAAUGCUAGGUAAGCAAUUCAGGCUGUGUGCAGGGCUAGCCCUAGUCUAAUUUCAGGAAUGGUUUUUUCCUCGUGGGGAAGGAAGGCACGGAAGUUGGAAAGGGGAAGCUCAGCAAAGUCCUUUGGGCCAAUCGGGCAACUCCCUAGCGUGAAACUGGGCGUUACGUCCCAGGCUACGUGCUUCCCUUUUUCCCGACAGCGGACCAGAAAAAUCCAUUUUUUUGGGUUUUUCGAAAAAGCAACCCAUGUUACAGGCAAGUAGCUCAUCUAUGAGCCGUCGAAGUCGGUGACACUUGUCCCGAGGAACAUCUUGGUGAUCGAAGCGGGUCGUCCCCAGAGACCUUGUAGGCCCGGUGUAACGAAGGCGAGUGAUAAACCUGGGGUUGUCACCCCGUAGUGGACGUUAAGCGUUAUAAAUUCUAAGUAAGUAAGUAAGUAAGUAAGUAAGUAAGGAACAACAACGUCCUACUUAUAAAGGGAAAUAUGGAACUGAUCCUGUAACUGGCCGUAAAAAGAAAAUUUCUAAUAAAUCAAUAUGGGAAAAAAUCAAAAGAAGCAUUAGUAUGUCAGUAGUUUUCAUUUGCAUUGGAAGUGCAGUUGUAGCUGUUGCUGCGAUCAUGAUUUAUCGUGACAUUUAUGCUAGCUAUUCAUGGGGUCCGCUUUCAUGUGCUGUUAUCAAUGCUCUCCAAAUCAGAAUUUUAAAUUUAAUUUAUAGAAGAGUUGCGAAGUUUUUCACUGAGUGGGAAAACUAUGAGUAUGAUACUCUGACUUUUCUAUUAAUUAGCGUGCUUCUUCUAUUCAGCAGAUGAUUUAGACAUGCCUAGACCUGACCUUUUAAAUCUAAAAAGCGACUUUAGGAGCCAUAUCCUUUGCGUCCUUUAUAUUGAUAAGCCAUUGAGAAUUCCAUCAAAUGGCUCACCACAUGGUGAGAGAGUCUUCAUAGGGUAGAUUACCUAUUUGCUACCUAUCUCUGAGCAUGAUCCGCCCUCUUUUGAAGUUAAAGGCAGAUAUCCCUAUGAAUCUUGAAAUCUAAAGAACAGAAUUCUAGUCUAUGUGCCUAAGCUUUCCUUCCAAUGUAGCUGGAUAAAGGUCAACUGGUAAAACUGAAAUCCAUAAUAACAAACUUCGCUGAGGAUGGAAUAGUUCUCAAAGGGAAUUUCGAAUUUUAUUAUAUGAGUAUGAUACUCAGUACAACGAUGCCUUAUGCAUCAAACUAUAUUUGUUCCAAUUUGUCAACAGUUACGCCUCACUUAUUUAUUUAGGAUUCAUUAAAUGCUAUGGAGAUGAAGACAACUCACAGUGUUUAGAUGAGCUAUCACUUCAGUUAGAAGUCAUUUUCGUAUUUAAUGUAAUUUGCAACUUUUUCGAAUUAGGGGCUCCUUAUUGUUCUAACGCUUGGAGAAAGAGAGCUGAAAAAAGACAUUUAAAAGCAAUGCAUGAUUCUGGACAUAAAGGGAGAAAAACAAUGACUUCUACUGAAAAGCAAGCAAGCUUAUCAGAAUAUGAGACACCAUUAGACGAUUAUAUGGAACUCAUCAUUGAUUAUGGCUAUGUCGUUAUGUUUUCAGCAGCCUUCCCAAUCGUCCCACUAAUUGCAUUAUUCGUGAACAUUAUUGAAGUCAGGGUUGACGCAUAUAAAUUAUGCUACCUAAUGAAAAGACCUUAUCCAACCCCUGCAAAUUCUAUUGGUGAGUGGGAAUCUAUAGUCAGAACCAUUUCUGUUAUAGGAGCUUUAACCAAUACAGCAAUCAUUAUUUUCACAGCAAAUAUUUUCGAUUUAACUGAUUUCGCUACUAAGUGGGGAUAUUUCAUGGUCAUUGAGCACGUCCUUUUGGUAUUUAAGUUUUUAAUCAGCAGACAAGUCCCAGAUAUUCCUAAUGAUGUCAAGAAAGGAUUGAUAUGGAGCAAUAGAAUUUCUGACGAAAAGAUCUAUGGAAAGAGCAGCGAUGUUGACCAGCAAAGAGUCCUCAGAAAUUUAUAUUUCAAGAACAAUCCAAAUGCAAUUAGGGAAAGAUCCAUACUAGACCCAGAAAAGAUUGCACUCACGGAUUAA